AUGAAAGACUGCGGCAAUGAUGUGUACUACACCUACGUGGAGGACUCCCGAGUAAUGCACCAAUAUGCAACGGGCGAGGAUCCUUUAGAUGACAUUGACUACGGUGACUCCGAUGACGAUAGUGAUGCUGAAGCGUCGGACGUCGAUGAAAGAGAUAAACGAGACGCAAAAGACGGAGAUUUCAACGAAUCAAAAGCAGCUGGAGAGAGCAAGAGGACAGUGAGAAUGGAUCAGAGCCCAAAGCUGGAGAUCUCGACCUGA